AUGAUGUCCAGAGGAGAGCGGGACAAUGGGAAAAAUGGCACUGGCUACAAGGAUGACAAUAUUAGAAACAACCGGGACCAGGAUUCAGAGGGAAAAGCACAUAAGAGAUCGGAGACCAUUAACUGUGGUGUGAGCCUAAGGAAGAAGGUGAGCAAACCUCCCCUGGAGCAGCUGUACCGGGAGGGCCCGCUGCUGGGGAGCGGCGGCUUCGGCAGCGUUUACGCCGGGACCCGGCUCGCCGACGGCGUUCCGGUGGCCAUCAAGCGAGUGUCCCGGGACCGCGUCUUGGAGUGGGCGCGGCUGCACGACGGCGCCCUUGUGCCCCUGGAGCUGGUGCUGCUCUGGAUGGCGUCGUGGCCCGGCUUCCGCGGCAUCGUGCGGCUCCUGGACUGGUUCGAGCUGCCCGACGGCUUCGCGCUGGUCAUGGAGCGUCCGGAGCGCUGUCAGGACCUCUGGCACCUGCUGCACGCGGGGGGGUUCCUGCCAGAGCCCGUGGCGCGGGCGCUGUUCCGGCAGGUGCUGGGGGCCGUGCGGCACUGCACCAGCCGCGGCGUCCUGCACCGCGACAUCAAGGCCGAGAACGUGCUCGUUGACCUGGCCACCGGCGAGGCGAAGCUCAUCGACUUCGGCUGCGGCACCAUCCUGCAGGACGGCUUCUACACCCAGAUGGCCGGAACGCGGGAGUACUACCCACCGGAGUGGAUCCUCUUUGGCCGCUACCAUGGCCAGCCAGCCACCAUCUGGUCCCUGGGCAUCCUGCUCUAUCAGCUGGUGUGCAGGCACCUUCCUUUCAAAAGCAGAGAGGACAUCGUCCGGGGACAGCUCUUCUUCCCGCCCCGGGUGUCUCAAGAGUGCCAGCACCUGAUCAGGUGGUGCUUAUCCAUGGACCCUGCAGACAGGCCAUCCUUGGAUGACCUUUUAGAACAUUCUUGGGUGCAGAAGCCCCACCUGGCCCAGGAGACAGCAGAG